AUGGCAAUUACUGCCUCAGUCCGUUCCUCUUCAGAACAUCGUUCCAAUACUGCCAGGUCCCGUUCGAGCACGCGAAAGCCGGAAUCCUACGAUGCCUCAGCCUUGACCAUCAAUCCUUCCCCACUUCUAACCUCAUCUCUCCAUUCUCGCAACUCGGCCACUUCUGCCCAGGAGUCUGCAUAUCUAGCACAAACCAAAUGGCUUCGAUGGACGCGACUUGUCCUCAUCUUCUUGACCAUAGCCACCAGUACAGCAGCGGUUGGUUGUGCAGGUCACGUCUUACAACGCUACAACGUCACACACUUGGGAAGCAACUAUAAUUUACACCUGUGGCCGCGGAACGUUGACAUCAGACCGACCUUGGCUAUCCUGGUCCCUGCUACAGUUCUCACAGCCGUCAGCCUAGUGUAUUUGGCCUUUUCACUCAUUCCCACGCCAUACUCCCGCACUCUCCUCUACAAUAUUGUCUUCCUUGCUUCAUCGGUGGUCGGUCUUGUCCUCUGCCUUUUUGCCAUACCAUUCAACCUCCUUCUCGUCAACCCUUCUACCGACCAUCCGCGAGAAUCCCUUCAGUCCUGGACAUGUAAAUUCUCCAACGGCGCAUCCCAGUUCACAUCUGAUGCCCGAUCCCUCCAAAUUCCCGUGUAUAUCACUAAUGGUAUGCCAAUUCCAGCCGGGUUUAAGAGACUGUGUACGGAAAGCCAAGUCAGUGUCGGUCUUAUGAUUGCCGUAUUGGCCCUUGAAGUUGCUAGUUGCGCUGUUGCUGUCAUGGGCUGCUACCUGGAGAAGAAGGUAGGAAAGGCGAGGAAGGAAAGGUAUGCGCACCUGGAGAAGGGCGAAGCUGUGUCUUGA